AUGCGAAAGAGAGCACAGAAAAAGUCCGCUGUCGUAACGCGUCGGAAGGCAGCUCGUCCCAAGAACGGAUCCCAUGUGCAGUCAUACACCAACGCUCUGACUCGAUCUCAGACAACAAAAGCAAAGAGAAUUAUGGAUGCCGCCUUGAACCCAACACACACUGAACCGGAGCCUUUUGAGGAUACCAGGCUUCAUAGUAGCCCUCCAGCAUGGGCCGAGACCCGCCAAAGUCUCUGCGAUGCCAUUCCUUGGUUUCGAGCUCUUCAAGGGUCUACCUAUCAGAACAAUGGCACUUGCUAUGGUAUUUUGAUUGAUGCGGAUUGUGGAUCUCGAUUCUAUUUAGAUGAUGAGAUCAUCAUAACCCGUGUCGGUGGAAGCUAUCAGAAAGGCCAUGACGGCCAGCUCCGAUUGAUGCAAGAUCAGCAUCUCGACCGAUACCCGGCAAAGGCGCUUUUGGCUAGUUUGCAGAAGAGCACGCCGGUGGGAAUGGUUAUUGGCAACAAAAAUGCCCAGAUAGGUGUAGGGCUUCCACAUCGCUACAAUGUCCUGGCCUACUUUCGAGUCACCGAUAUAUGGUAUGAGGGAAUUGAUGGUCAUGCCGGACUAAAGGUCCGCUUUGAGAAAGUGUCCCUCGUUGAGAAAAGCUGGUGGGUAGCAAGUAACACCCCCGACCCUCUGCCAUAUGAUCAACGUCCUCUUAUCCGAUCUGAAGUCGGUCGCUGCAUCUACUGCAAUACAGAAAGCCCUCGUGUGUUCCAACAAGGUUGGAUGUGUCUGCAGAAAGAUUGCGCUCAUUUCUGGAAAAUCGGCAUAUUUGACCCACCAGCAAACCUCAAUUACCACUCCAGCUGGUUAAACAACCGCUGCAAUCCUCAGACUACUGCUAUUGCGCCCCAUGAGCCCCUAAUACCAAGUACUCUUGCAUCGAUGACUGCAUCAAACGGCAUUGACGCAACAUCCCGCGAUACCUGGCGUGGCAUUGUAUGUCCCCGGUGCAAGAAAUGCGUUCAAAGAGUUUUGUGGCAUGGUUGGAAAUGCACCAUCGAUCCUCCAGUGGAGGGUCCAUCUGAGAGGUGCACAUUCGAGCAAACAAUGCAGUUGAGGCCGGUCUCAAUUCGCGAAGUCGCUGGCCCGCGUGGACGGCUGCCCAUUGAAAUGGGUGAUAGGAAGGGUAAGAAUGCUAUAGGGCAAGGGAUUGAUCUCCUUUCUCACCUCCCUUACCAUAAACACACUUAUGAAAUUCCUGGAAUUGGCUCUGUGACCCAUUUCCUGGCGAAUGCAGGCAUCAACGAGCGCCCAGGGGGUCCCAACGACUUAUUCAAUAUUCUCCAAAAACAACCUUUGGGUCUGAAACGCUUUCCUCUUGAUACUGCUGUUGUUACAGGGAUGCUGACGUCUCACUUUGCUGUGAACUAUGGAAUGCCAUACAAGUACGUUGUUUCGGUGGCCUCAAAGGGCUUCAAUGAAGCACCAGAUGCUAUUCUUCGUUGCCUUGGGCGACUCACAUGGGCAACCGAGCAAGCAGUCACAGCUGCUGGAGGAUUGAUCCUGCCACCAAACGAGUUACUUGCCCUUGGGUACUUUGAAGGGAUGAAGAUUGGUUUCCACGAUGAUGGCGAGAAAUCACUUGGCCCGACAAUUGCCACCUUAUCUCUUGGAGCGUCAUCAACCAUGAAAAUCCGUAUGAAGCACCAGUACUACAAUGGCCAGUCUAGGAGAGGUGUUCUUCUGAAAAAGGACAUCAUUCUUCCCAACUGCACGAAUGAAAAGCAGCGUCAAAAGUGGAAGGAUCAAUUUGAGAAUGGGACUAUCACAAAGGGGGUGUAUGAUCGCCGUCGUACUACCUUGUUCCGCAAGCAGCGUUUGACGGGCGAGUCACCUAUCCAGAUCCAACUUGAUCUUCAGCAUGGGGACUUGGUGGUGAUGCAUGGCGAGGACUUGCAGAAGUGUUACGAGCAUUCGGUCAUUUCAUCUAAUCUCCUACGGUUUGCGUUGACUGCUCGAUACAUCAAACCCGACUGCGUCAACAAGGCCGAGCUGCCAAAGGGAGAGUUUACACUGACUCCCGACCAAGUCUACCAUGGAAACUGA